GUUGUAGGCCAAUGACUGUACAUAUGAAGGUGCAGGCCUACCUCUCUUUUUCUAAACAACCAUAAGGCAUCUAAACAGUUCCAGGCUCCGGCUGUGAGUUAGUUGAUCUGUACCUCCCUGAACUCUCCGAUUAGCCGGGCAGGCAGCUGUCGUCAUCAGCACCCCCGGUUUUUUCCCUUUUCUAAAUGGAUGGGGCUGUCCAGCUUUAUGCACAGUUCAACGGAAGCCGAAAGAUUGGAAACAACUUGUGAAUUCACCGGUCAGUUUGGUUUGCGUUUGCGGUAACGUUCAGAAGAAUGCUCGACGGCGGCUUCGCUGAAGAAGUUAAAGAUUGAGAAGUUUUUUUUUUCUUUCUCAUAAACUGUGCGGCGUUCAGGACUGGAGCAGGAGAGGAGGGAGAGGGAACAGCGGUUGCCUACUACAACGUUUACAAUAGAAAGGAAACUUCAACUCCCGUUAGAGUGGACUGAAGUGAAGUGGCAGCUCGUAAUUCCACAAUGGCUUUCGCUGUGGAUUGUAUAUAUUUAUUGAUGUGCUGUUCUCUCAACUUGAUAUGUUUAGAUCACAAACAUACUGUGAAAUCACAUGCACAGACUCCCACGGACGCUACAUCUCCCACGUGGUCUCAGCCUGGGCCUCAGCUGCAACGGGAGAAACUGAAAGUGAAGGUGCUGAUGCAGGGGGUGGUGCUGGUGAUUCCUCAUCCCCUGGUCCAGGAAAGAGGCGUGUGGCCCGUAGCGCCCCCGAGACUCCCUCUGUCACCUCUGGCGCAGGCCAACACCUGUUUUUCAACGUCACUGUGUUUGGGAAAGAGUUGCACCUUCGCCUCAAAGCAAACAGGAGGCUGGUGGCUCCGGGGGCAUUUGUGGAAUGGCAGGAGGACUUCGAGGAGAAGGCUAAGGAGCGUCUCCACGGGGACUGUGUUUUCACUGGAGACGUAUCCGACAUGCCAGAGGCUACUGUUGCCAUAAGCAACUGUGAUGGACUGGCAGGCCUGAUCCGGACUGAUAACGGGGAGUUUUUCAUCGAGCCUUUAGAGAAGGGUCAGCAGGAUGUGGAGGUGAAAGGUCGUGUCCAUGUGGUCUACAGGAGAUCUGCCAUCAAAAGUGAACCAGUCCAAAGAAGGAAGGACCUCCACAAUGAAGUGACAGACUUUGGGAUUGCUAACCUCCCCGGUGGUCUGGACCUCUUGGAGCACAAGCUGACAGAGUCUGUGCGCAAACGGCGGCACGCCAAGACGGACGACUACAACAUCGAGGUGCUGCUGGCUGUGGACGACUCUGUGGUGCGCUUCCAUGGCAAGGAGCACGUACAGAACUAUGUUCUCACACUCAUCAACAUAGUUGAUGAGAUCUACCACGAUGAGUCCUUGGGAACCAACAUCAACAUCGUCCUCGUCCGCAUGAUCAUGGUUGGGUACAGACAGUCCAUCAGCCUGAUCGAGCGUGGGAACCCGUCCCGUAGCCUGGAGCAGGUGUGUCGCUGGGCCAACACGCAGCAGCGCCGGGACCCCGAUCAUGCUGAGUACCAUGACCAUGCCAUCUUCCUCACAAGGCAAGAUUUUGGUCCCGCAGGUAUGCAAGGUUACGCCCCGGUGACAGGCAUGUGCCAUCCUCUGAGGAGCUGCACUCUGAACCACGAGGACGGAUUCUCCUCGGCCUUCGUGGUGGCGCACGAGACCGGACAUGUGUUAGGUAUGGAACAUGACGGACAGGGGAAUCGUUGUUCUGACGAGACCAGCAUGGGGAGUAUCAUGGCACCGCUGGUCCAAGCAGCCUUCCAUCGCUACCACUGGUCACGCUGCAGUAAACAGGAACUGAACCGAUACAUCCACUCUUAUGACUGUCUCCUGGACAACCCUUUUGAGCACAAGUGGCCCAAGCUUCCUGAGCUACCUGGGAUUAACUACUCCAUGGACGAGCAGUGUCGUUUUGAUUUCGGAGUGGGCUACAAGAUGUGCACCGCUUUCCGGACAUACGAUCCCUGCAAGCAGCUGUGGUGUAGUCACCCUGACAACCAGUACUUUUGUAAGACCAAGAAGGGUCCGCCGGUGGAUGGGACAGAGUGUGCACCAUCAAAGUGGUGCUUCAAGGGCCACUGUAUCUGGCGCUCCUCUAGCCAGCCUCAGGGCCAUGACGGUAACUGGGGGUCCUGGACUAAGUUUGGGUCCUGCUCCAGAACCUGUGGAGGUGGAGUACGCUCCCGCAGCAGAACUUGUAACAACCCUGUGCCUGCGUACGGCGGUCGGGAUUGCCCCGGGUCCACCUUUGAUUACCAGAUGUGUAACAUGGAGGAGUGUGCCGGACCCUACGAAGACUUCCGCGCUCAACAGUGUGUCCAGAGGAGCAACAAAUACCACAAGAACACCAAGCACACCUGGCUACCUUACGAACACCCAGAUGAGGCUCACAAGUGUGAGUUGAGCUGUCAGUCCAAAGAGACCGGUGAGGUGGUGGUCAUGAACCAGGUGAUGCAUGAUGGGACGCGGUGCAGCUACACAGACCCUUUCAGUGUCUGCACCCGGGGGGAAUGUCUGCACGUGGGCUGCGACAAAGAGGUUGGCUCGUACAAACAAGAAGACAAGUGUGGAGUCUGUGGUGGGGACAACUCCCACUGUCGCACUGUCAAACUGACCCUCACCAAGAUGCCAAAGAAAACAGGCAUGCUGAAGAUGUUUGAUAUUCCGAUCGGUGCCCGGCACAUCGUUAUAGAGGAGAAUGAGACUUCCUCCCACAUAAUUGGUAAGUGUGUUUCGUUACAGCAGUAUAAAACACCUUUGGGAUGA